AUGCUUAAUCCAAAAAGAAGAACUAGGUUGUCCUUAUGGUUACUGAUCAUUCAGUGCUUGCUUGUUUUAAACUGUCACAAAACAUCACAAAUCGGUAUCUCCUCAAAUAUAAUCAAUAGUGUCUUAUCACUAGAAGAAUUAGCCGCCCUUGACUUUCCCUGGGCCAAAAAGACACUAGAGAGGUACAGAAAAGGCCUGAUUACACAAGAUGGGUCUCCUUUGAUAAACUCAAAUGAUCAGAAGGAAAAGGAUCUAUUUCUAAACUUUACCUUUUAUAGACUACUAAAUCUUAGAUGUAAUCGUCUACUGCAGGUUGAAUAUAUAGCCUCUCUUCUAAAGACAUUAUUUGAGUACGGCGGGGCAAGAGAGAUUACAUUAGACCCACUAUUAGACUAUACGCCAGACAUUCUUAUGUUGUAUGCUACAUUAAGCCAAGAUCCGACACAAGCCAGCCCGACUAUUCAAAGAACUAUCAACCCCAAACACGUUAUCUUUGUUGAAAAUCUCGCCAGUCUCGCUUUCUAUUUAGGCACAGAGGAGGCUAUAGAUAGGCUUGAAGUGUUGUGUUUAGAUUGGAAAGAGUAUGUCAAAUACACGGGAGUAUCUCCAGAAAAGGAAGACAACAAAACAUCCGAGGCCAUGCGCGCAUACAAUUUUAUUCAUAACAAGCUAGAUGUUCAACUUUUGCGCAGCACUGCUAUAUUCAACUACAUCCAUCCGCUCAACACAAGUCUUUAUCUUGCCGGACUCAACUACAAAUAUGAUGCAAAAGAAAAGGCGUUCGUUGUGGUCAAAAAUACCAUCUUUGAUACCGAAAAGGACUGGGCGGUAGGAAUCACAGACGUGGCACAGUUUACUUUUAAGGACGCAGUCCGUUUGAGCUAUGCUCCUAGCGCCACAUACACUAUCGUAGUACAGGAUGAGUGUCUGGAGACCUUCAAGAAUGCAGUAGAACAGUAUCUAAGGCCCAAAGAAUACAAGAGCUUUCAUCGAGACAUAAACAAGCACAUAAGAACCUUCAAAGAGUACAAAAGAUACAAAAGGUCAAAGAGACAAAACUACCACAGUGCAGGCAACGAGAAUGGACCAGAGAAUUAA